AUUACUAGUCUGUGGUGCUGUGGUGAUUUUUAAGAGUAUUGGACGGUCCAUCGAUUAUUUUUUAUGACUUUAUUAAUUAAUAAUGUAGCGCUAAACUAUUAAAUAUAUCAUAACGUUGCAUUUACGUAUAUCCUGAUAUGUGUACUUAAAUACAUUUGUAACCUGCAAUCCGUCAUAAAAGUGUUAACAACAAUCAACAUGGGCACCAUAGGUUUGGAUAGCUCGUUCAUGGCGAAGUACUCAGCGUACAGCCCUUACAGACUGAUACAGCGUGAGACAGGGUUCGAAAACCCGGUGGGUGCGGGCAAUGCGAUGGCCCGCAGCUUGUAUCGCGCCAUGAAACCUCUGGCAUCUUGGGACUGUGAAAUAGGGAACACGGCGCCUAUCGGUGGCGUUUUCAACCUUGAAUUCUCCCCGGAAGGAUCUCUACUAGUGGCAGCUUGCGAGAAGAAAUCUAUACAAAUAUUUGAUCCUCUCACACACAAAAGGAUUCACUCAGUUAAUGAUGCACAUUUAGAUUGUGUUAAUUGUGUCAAGUUCCUAGAUGGAAGAAUGUUUGCUACAUGCUCCGAUGAUACAACAAUAGCAUUAUGGGAUGUCAGAAACUUGAAAAAGAAAAUCCGCUCGCUACUAGGCCACUCAAAUUGGGUGAAAAACAUUGAAUUCUCAGUGAAGGACAAACUUCUAGUCACGUCUGGACUGGACGGCAGCAUUUAUACAUGGGACAUCAAUUCCUAUACAGAGUUCAACCUAGUAUACCAAAGAGUAUUUCAUGCAUCCGGCCUCAUGAGGUGUAGAUUGUCUCCCGAUGCUAAACAGAUGGUCAUGUGUACCACUGGAGGAUUAUUAGUUAUCAUACACAACUUGAACCUGUCAACAUUGUCAAAGGAUUUACAUGGGUUUAAGCCAAAUCUAUACAGGCUUAUGCAAAGGAGCCAGCAGGUGAUACCUAUAGCGGCCAUGUACGACCAUCUGUUCGACGCCAAGCGCACGGAGAACAGGGUCGAGUUUGUCUCAGAUUUUCCUGAAGGCAACGACGCUGAGGUCGUCAGCGCUUUACAGAUCCACCCACAAGGCUGGUGUGCGUUGAGCAGGAACAUUAGCCACGACGAUAGAUCAGAGUGGUCCUGCAUCCACGACAUCCAACCGAGUGACUCGGUGUCGGACAAGAGUUGUCGCGACAGCAGCUCGCCGCCGCCGCCGCCGCGCGUGCCCGCCCCGCGCCGCACCGGGCGCCGCACGCGCUCGCACCCUUACCACCAGCCGCGCCCCAUGGCCGCGGUCACGCCCGCGGGGGAAGGCGGCGCGACCAACUCGAAUUCAGAAGGCUCGAGCAGACCGCGCGCCGAGCCUGAACCGGAGCCCGAGGCCGGCCCGAGCGCCUCCCGGUCAGACGCGUCGCCCGCCAGACCAGUGCCGGUAUUAUCGAGCAUACAGAAUGACGUAUGGGAGGCCUCUAUUACCAUUAAACAGCAGAGAAUGCUACAAGAGAUGUACAGCAGGGGCCAGGUGGGGCGCAACUUCAACAUGCAGCGCAUCAUGGGCAUCAACACGGGCAUCUCGCCGCCGGGCGCGCUGCGCUCGCGGCACCUGCACGCGUCCGCGCGCCCCGCGCCGCGCCUGCGCGCGUCCGCCGCGCCCGCCUCCUCCGCGCCCGACGCCGCCAUCUACGCCACACUGGACGAGAGCGAGCCGAUCCACAUACACACUUCAUCGCCAUCGACAUCGGGCCAGACGCCGCGGCGCGACAGCACGAGCGAGGACGAGACGCCGGAGACCAGACACUACAUACGACAAAACCGCGAGCGGCUGCUCUACUACAAGGAGGAGACCAACCUCGGCAAGGGGUUCAUUAAGGAGUUAUGCUUCUCUGCCGACGGGCGUUUGGUUUGCUCGCCUUUCGGACGCGGAAUGAGACUCCUGGCCCUCAACGACUACUGCGCGGAGCUCUCGCAUUGCGUGCAAGAUAUCAACGGCCCCACGGAAAUGGUGGACCUCGUGAGGAGCCUUUUUAUCCAUCAGGACCUCGUCGUCAGCUCCAAGUUCAGUCCCAGGCACCAUCUCCUCGUGACAGGGUGCCUGGAGGGUAAAGUGGUUUGGUAUGACCCGUACAGCGGGCCGUCGGUGUACUAGAAGUUAGAUACUUAAUAAAUUAGCUAUUCGUA